AUGGACAGUGUGGACCUCCAGACACCCUUGCUCGUUGCCCUCGUUCUGAGCGGCGCAUUUCUGCUCUCUCGCUCUCGGCUUCGGGAAUGGGAGAAAGACAAGCGAACUCCAGCGGUGGCUAGUGCCUCCAGCGACCCGCUCUCGUACUACGUCGCCGUGUAUCGAUUUCUCAGAGGCGCUCGCAGCAUGGUAGCCAAUGCUUAUGCGAAGGAUCCGACCGGCGUAUUUCGCUUCGCUCGGCCGUUUCGGUGGGAGUACGUGGCGAAUGGGGCCCAUCGUGUCCUCGAGGCAGCUGGGGUGCCAGAAGAGAUAUUGAGCUUCCAAGCGGCUGCCGGAGAAUCGCUACAGAUUGAGUGGACAAUGGGCAAGCCAAUCCAGGACGACCCAUGGCAUGUUUCCGCCGUGCGAACGAGUUUAACCCGCAAUCUCAGCCGGUGUUUCCCCGAGGUCCGCGACGAAAUCGUCCAUGCGUUCCAGGACGUCUUAGCCCUACGGACGACUGGUGAAUGGGAAACAGUUACUGUUCUCCCCACGAUGAUGAAGGUCGUCUCCCGUACCAGUAACCGGCUCUUCGUCGGUCUACCUCUUUGUCGUAACCCCGAAUACAUCAACCUAAGUAUCGACUACACGGUCUCGGUUUUUUCACGAGGAUCUAUCAUUGCUCUCUUUCCCGACUUCAUGAAGCGAUUUGUAUCUCCUAUCCUUUCCUCCAAGAAUAGCUCUCUACGCUAUGCACUCAAGUUCUUGGGGCCUAUCCUCGAAGAGCGCAUAGAUGCGGAAAAGCGAUACGGGAAAGACCGUCCAGACCGGCCUAACGACCUAAUUUCGUGGCUUCUUGACUACGCUCCCGAACACGAGCUCACACCCCCGGCAUUAACCUUACGCAUUUUGGCUAUCAACAUGGCUGCAAUUCACACGUCUUCCACGACACUGGCGUCGGCGUUAUUCGACCUAGCCGCACAUCCGGAACAUAUCGAUGCGAUGCGCGAGGAGGCAGAGCAGGUCAUCGAGGCGGAAGGGUGGUCGAAGGCAGCAUUGAACAACAUGCAUAAGAUCGACAGUUUCCUACGCGAAAGCCAGCGUCUAAGCGGGACUGGGGCGGUUGCGAUGUCGCGUAAGGUUGUCGCCCCGGACGGGUUCACGUUUUCAGACGGCACAACUAUCCCGCAUGGUGCUUUUCUCAGCUUUGCGGGACUGAGCUCACACACAGACCCGGCACACUACGAAAACUCAUCCGAAUUUGACGGGUUCCGAUUCUCCCGCAUGCGCGAGGAGGGUCCUGUCAAUGGCAACGGCAAACGACGCGGUGUCAUCGACAACGACGAUGAUGAUACUUCACCCAAGGUGUUCAACCGGCAGAUGGUUGCGACCACACCAGAACACAUCGUCUUUGGCCACGGUCGCCACGCAUGUCCAGGACGCUUCUUCGCUGCAACGGAGCUCAAGGCGAUGCUGGCGCAUAUCCUGAUCGAGUAUGAUAUCGAAGCACUUGUGCCUGGUGAAGCGGGUCGCCCGAAAGACCUCGAGUUUGGUGUUCUGAGGAUGCCCAGCUCUACAGGAGCAAUGCGAAUCAGGAAGAGGAUGAUUGACUAG